CUUCUCUCUUCUCUCUGAGUAUGGAGACACUGGAGGAAGCAGAACUCUGCUUUCCACAUCUCUUGAACAUCUCGUGCAAAAGGCAAUUGCAGCAUCGUGGUCCAACUGUCUCCGUUUACGUCAUACUGUCCUGUCUCUCUUUGCUCACUGUGACACUUAAUCUGCUCGUCAUCAUCUCUAUCUCCCACUUCAGGCAGCUCCACACCUCCACCAACCUUCUCCUCCUUUCUCUGGCUGUGUCAGAUUUCCUCGUUGGCCUCCUGCUGAUGCCGGGGCGAAUCAUCCUCAUGACUGGCUGCUGGUUUUUAGGGAGUGUGAUCUGUGGUCUGUUCUUCUAUGCCUCUUUCUUUCUGACUUCAGCCUCAGUGGGAACCAUGGUUCUCAUAUCAGUUGACAGAUAUGUGGCCAUUUGUGACCCUUUGUCUUACUCCACCAAAGUCACUCACCAGCGAGUUAAAAUAAGUGUUUCUGUGUGUUGGGCCUGUUCUCUUUUCUAUAAUGGUGUGAUACUACACGUGUUCCUGAAGAAUCCAGACGCAAAUAACUCCUGCUACGGAGAGUGUUUAGUAGUAAUUGAUGUCAUCACAGGAGCAGUUGAUAUUGCUGUGACCUUUGUUGGCCCAAUUGCAGUCAUCGUAGUUUUGUAUCUGAAAGUAUUUGUGGUGGCUGUGUCUCAGGCUCGAGCCAUGAGGUCUCAUAUUACUGCUGUGACAGUCCAGGGCCUAGGUACUGUCACGGCUAAGAAAUCUGUGAGAAAAGCAGCCAGGAUUCUUGGUAUUGUUGUGGUUGUCUUUGUGAUAUGUUUUUGUCCUUAUUUUUAUCCCGCUCUUGCAGACACGUCACCAGGUAUUGCCUUUAAAUUUUUUGCAGUCUGGCUUCUCUAUGGUAACUCCUGCAUCAAUCCUAUCAUCUAUGCUUCUUUCUAUCCCUGGUUUAGGAGAUCUAUUAAACUCAUUGUUACACUUCAGAUAUUGCGGCCCGACUCCCGUGACACACACAUAAUGUAGAAAUGUCAUCAGCAUCUUUUGCUUAAAGCUUGUAUGUGAAGAAUGACAAAAAAUGGUUUAUGUAUUUUCUUCAUGUUGUUGAAGUUGCCUCUUUAUUUUAUGUCAGUUGACACACAGAACAGGGAUUAUGUUUUAUGAACACUAUAAAUGCAUACAGAGUUUGGGGAUCAUAAUAAACAUGUGCUGUAAAUGCAUCAAUGUCACUUUUGUACAUGGCUUGGGAGUCACUAUUUGGCUUAACUUGGGUGAAAUGUUAAACUGGUUCUGUUAAACUGAGAUUGAUGCAUAUGGUUUGCAGCUGCUGACCUGAAUCCUGCACACCUGACUCCACUUCCUCUCAGUGGCUUAUAGUCACGAGCCGUGUCUCAUUCCAGGGUCUGGAUCCUGUGAAGGGUGGACUUGUCGUCCGGAUGUUUUCAAAAUUUGUCGAUCUGCGUAGCUAUCAUUUUGAAGCUUUUUAUCCAAUAAAUUUUAGCUGAUUGUGGAUUACAGAGAAGCAUUAAGAAGCUUAACCAGGUUUAUUUGACCCAGUCAAACCUGUAUUUCAUGUCCAAAAUGAUCUGUUGUGAAUGAUAAUUAUAGAUUCGACUCACAUAUUGUUGUUGAACUGUGAAUAAAAAAUUGUUG